UAUGCCUAUAUAUGUCUCCCCUAUGAAUCCUGCACAUAUGUGACCACUGUGUUGUAUGUGACUCUGGAUGACAUGUUGGAUGUGGGAGUGACCUCCUCCAUGUGCAUUGUAUCAUAAGUUGUCAGUCCCUGCAGAAGUGACCAACACUGCAGCUACCAGGAUGAAGUGGUGCGAGAGUCUGCAAAUCGUCCUCCUUCUACUCAGCUGCUCAGUCACCGUGCUAUGUCAAAAAACAAUAACAGGAAUUGAAGGACAAUCUAUCGUCCUACCAUGCUCGUACAAAGUCAAACGUACCAGCGACCUCACCACCAUGUGCUGGGGACGUGGAAGUUGCCCGAAUUCAAAGUGUAACCAAGAACUCAUCUGGACUGAUGGUAACAAGGUCACUUUUCAAGCAUCUUCACGCUACCAGCUGAAUGACAGAAUUAACCAAGGGAUAGUGUCUCUGACCAUUAGUCAAGCAAGCCUUCAAGACGCCGGGACAUACUGCUGCCGUAUCGAACAUCAGGGGUGGUUCAAUGAUGAGAAGAUUAACGUGAGGCUGACGGUUGAAAAAGCGCCUACAACAACAGUGAGAACUACCACUCCAGCAACUACAACUCCAAAGACAACUCCAAAACCUACAACCGUAAAGACAACUACAACACCACCACCUAUGUUGACUACUCCGGAACCUUUCAUUCCAUUAACUACAUCUGUGGAGGUAACUACUUACCCACCUCCAUCCGUUACUAUCAAUACCUCACCACCACUUAUGAGGACAGAAUCUCCACCAUCUUUAUCUCCAAGGACUAUAACUCGAUCAACAAAUGUCUUUUCCACUGGUACAACAGGGAGCAAAGACCUGAUACCUAGGAGCUCAGGAUUCCCAGAAGUAAUAACUGAAAGUGAACCACGGAGAAUAGAUCCUACUGGUGACAGGAUCUCAGAUUUCCCAGGGUUUACUCCUGAUCAUGUUGACCUGAGUACAUUUGCUGGAGAACAAGACCACACACCUUCUCCAUGGCAGAAAAGUCCAACCCCGGAUAAUGACGGAAUGUCAGAUUUGUUUCAGGGAAAUGUCACCGCUCUACAGAGAAAGGAUACAAGUACCAUUGUCAUCGCUAUUAGUGUAUCUGUAUUUGCACUAAUAGUGAUCUGUGCAAUACUUCUACAAUUUAAAGUUCGGAAGCAAGGACAUUACCCUCUAGGCUUGGAUCCACAUCUCGAACUUGUCAACCAUGCUGAGGAAUCUCAGGCUGACACAAAGGACCACAACACAGCGGGCGAAGAGGACAAGACCAAAACCAACCACAUAGGGAAUAUCAGCGAGGACUGAUUGAUAACACUGGACAAUGGACAGGUCGACCUUCUCUACCAGUAACUUGGACCAAAUUUUUGUCUAGUUCUUCUAAGGAAAUAACCACAUCUUGGCUUUGUACACCAACACUUUCCAAGGUCUUCUUGAACCAUAAACAUAUUAAGGUGUUCCAUGUACAAAGUUUAGAUAUCAACAUUUUUCUACUUGUUCAAUUUUUUUUUUUUUAAAGAAAAAAUACCAUAUAAUAUUGAAACAUGUACUAGUCUCUGGAUUUAAAUAACCUAUCCAUUAUAUGGACAGUCAUUGAUUUUAGUUGUGUAAUACACCUUAUUUGCCCUCUGGGGGUAUUGCAGGGAAAUGAAUCUCUUCCUAACAGGUUCUGCCGCAGAUUGUAGCUGAUCACUGAACAGCAGACACCUUGUGAAUUGGCAAACGCCUUUACAGUAGACCUGCUCUCUAUAUAUCUAGUGGAUACAGAGAGUCUUGAAAAAGUCAAGCCGAUGGCCACAAAUGAAGCAUAGGAAGAAUCAUGUAUAUUGGUUUAUUGCAUCAUUUUUUUUUAGUGGAUUUGCUAUAUUCUAGGUACUGAUGCUUUCUGACAUGUCAUUGGCACAUGCCACACGAUAAUGCAAGUGACGGUUCAUAGCCCAGGAAUGUUGAAGUUCCACCGAAUUUCCACUGAAGGAAUGCCCAAAGUGUUAGAUUACUAACAGGGGUCCCAGCUCACAGACCCCAACCAAUGGUACCUUCUACAAUGUCAGGACUAAGGGAUUAGGACACAAAUGUGAACACAGCCUUGUUCAACCAGACAUGGCGGAUGGUUCAGUGCAGAAAAAAAUGUUAGUACUGCCAAUCUACUGCACUGGAUGUAGCUAAUGUUUAUUGGACAUACCAUACUUUUAUUAUUUUAUGUAUAGUCUUAUCUAGGAGUGUAACAAGUAACCAUGGGGUCCUAUACUAUAACUUGGAAUGGGGCCAUAUCACCAUGACCACCUCCACCAGUGUCUUGAGAACAUAAAAAGCUCAUAAUCAUUUUGCGCCAUGCAUAGAAAUAGAGCACAAAGUGAUGUCAUAGCACAGGAACAAUGCACACAGUAAUGUCAAAGCAUGGGGCUAAUAUACUUGGUAAUGCAUGAUGAGAACUACCGGUAAUUACAGUCCAGAAAUUAUGCAACAACUUACUGGGAUCAUGCACAAAUUGAUGUCACUGAACAGGGAUCAUGCACACAAUGAUGUCAUAGGACAAGAAUAAUGCACACAAUAAUGUCACAAAACAAGGAUAAUGCACACAGUAAUGUCACAGUACAGGGAUAAUGCUCCCAGUGAUGUCACAGUACAGGGAUAAUGUUCACAGGGAUGUCACAGGACAAGAAUAAUGCACACAAUGAUGUCACAAAACAAGGAUAAUGCCCAUUGUAAUGUCACAGUACAGGGAUAAUGCUCACAAUGAAGUCAAAGUACAGGUAUAAUUUCCACAAUGAUGUUACAGAACAGAUAUCAUUCUCGCAGUGAUGUUAUAGACCAAGGAGAAUGCACACAGUGAUGUCACAGUACAUAACUAAGGCAUAUACAAUGAUGUCACAGUAUCUGGAUUAUGCAUUAUAUUGUAGUGACAUUGUACUGGGAUAAUGCAUACACUGCUGUCAAAGUAUAUGGAAAAUGUGCACAGUGAUGUCACAAUGUAGCAUCAAUGCACACAGUGAUGUCACAGCGAUGUCUGAAUUGUCAGACAAACUAUAAACCCUCAUAUCUCAAGUACGGAAGGGCGUAUCAAUAAAGUUUAAAACAAUGUGUGAUCAUUGCACCUUAAGCUAUGUAAUGAUAAUGCAAAUUUAUUGGUAUGGGCACAGGUCCUCUUAAGCGUCACUUAGGUGUUCAGCUCAAUCCUGAAUUGUUGAUGUCCUGUGGGUAUGCCUAGAUAUACUCACAGUGUGGUUUCACUCUCUCCUAUUGCCCUAUUAAUCAGAUUUUUGUGAUAAAUUUAUAUCAUUUAUGUGGAGAAUUCCUUUAAAUUCAGGGCUUUAAAACCUAUUGCACUAUACAUAUUUCUCGAUGAUAUCUUCUCCGGCUUUGUUUACAUUUCUUAUUGUAACUGCCUCAUUGGUUUAUGAUGGCAAAUGGAUGAACAUUAAAACUUUGUUUUUAAGA